GACAGUUGAACGUUAGAACUUGGCGCGGCGUGUUGGCGAGCUUAACAUGCGAAUCGAAAUAGAAGCGUAAAAAAAUAAAUUUCAAACAUGGCAAAAACAAAUGAUACAACGGCGGAGCCGGAACCGGAGCCCAAGUUGAAUUAUAUGCAAAAACUAUGGCGCUAUCGUCGUUACAUGGUGAUCGAGCCCUUCUUCUUCUUUUACUUUAUGGCAUCCGUAUUCAACCAGGUGGCCAUGGCCAACUUCCCGCUGGAGAAGGCAUGCCGUGUCAACCUCGGCUAUAACAAAGCCACCUGCAUGGCCAUGUUGGAUAAAGCGGAACUGGACAUCGAUUGCGAUAGCUAUGAGUUCGAAAACACUACCGAUGGAGCCUCCAUGGAGCAAACUUUGCUGGACGUCUAUUCGACAGGCUUCAAUUAUACGGUCUGCAAGGCCGAAGUGGAGGCCCAGAAGCUUUCCGCGGAUGUUUCGGGCAAACGUGCGCCCAUAGCUGCCAUAUUUCCAUUGAUUGUGCUGCUCUUCGCCGGAGGUUGGGCGGAUAGAUACAACAAGCGCAAACCAUGCAUGAUUAUACCCAUCGUGGGCGAAGCUUUAAUGUUCACCUGUCUCCUAAUUUCGGCCAUUUUCUUCGAUAGUCUGCCCAUGGAGUUCGGAAUGUAUUUGGAGGCGGUUGUGCCCGCGGUCUGUGGCGGUCUGACCUUCUGUUUGAUGGCGAUCUAUAGCUAUAUGACAAUUUCCACACCCGAAGAGGAUCGCAUCUUUCGGUUUGGCAUCUUUGCUAUGUUUUUAACCGGAGCUCCUCUUCUUGGCGCCUUCAGUGGAUAUCUCUUCAACACAUUUGGCUACAUAAUUUCGUUUGCCUCCGCCGUUGUCUUUCAAAUUAUUGCCAUACUCUAUAUUGUAUUCUUCAUCAAGGAGAUCAAGCCAAAGCCCAAGACAUCUGAGGAAACGCCAGCUAACCAGAUGGAGGAUCAUGCUGCUGAUAAUAUUGCGUAUGAGCAAACCACCUUGGAUGAGCUGCCUGUUAGCAAGAAUGUUAACUUUCAAUUGACGCCACAUCUGGAGCCACCCAAAGUGGAGCCACCGCCUGUGCCUGUGAAACGUUCUUUGCUGAAGGAACUCUUUGAUCCCACUCUUGUGGUGGACUGCCUGCGAUUUCCGUUGAUCAAGCGAAAGAACAACGGACGCCUUCUACUACUUCUGCUGAUUCUGGCGUAUUUUCUUACCAUCGGUCCCAACGCGGCUGAGAAUGACUAUUGGUAUCGGUUCACCCUGAGGAAGUUGAAUUGGAAUGGAAAUGACUUCUCCAUUUUUUUGACCCUAUCCGGACUGGCGGCUCUAUUGGGUACUUUCAUAGGCACAGCCAUUCUUAGCAAGUUGCUCAAGUUCUCGGAUCCCUCUAUUGGAAUACUCUCCGCCCUGGCCAUAGUCUGUUCGCGUGUGAUGUUUUCUCUUGCCACUGACACCACGUCGUUCUAUGUGGCCUGCGUCGUGGACAUGUUUGUCAGCCUGCGAGUCAUUGCCAUCAAGACCAUUGGCAGUAGCAUUGUGGAGGGAGAUGAGCUAAGCAAAAUGUAUUCCAUAUUUGGCAUCAGCGAACCAAUUGGCCAAUUCAUAUUUCCCCCCAUUUACAGUAUGAUAUACCAAAAUACAGUGGAAUCAUUUCCAGGCGCCUUCUUUCUGUUUGGCGAAAUCUUCUAUGUGCCUAAUGUUCUAGUCUUUGUCCUUUGCUAUUUUGUGUUGCGUCGUCGGAAGUCCAAAGAGCAAAAGGAUUCCGUGGAACUGGCUCAAAAUAACGAAGGCAAUGGCCAAGUGGAUGCCGCCAAUGGCACAGAGAUUACUAGUCUAUGAGCCAAUUAGAAUUACUCUAUACGAAUCUUAACAUGCUACCUUUUCCACAUAGACAAACAUUGCAAAAGUUCUAUAUAUAACUGUAUAUAUGUAUAUACGCCACUUGCUAGAUUUGUGGUUUUAUUUUGGUUAAGUGAGUUAGGCUUAACUAAGCCCACGUCUUUGCUGCCGGGCAAAGGAAUUACUAGCCAUGUACUUGCGAUAAUAAUAACUUAGAGAGA